GAGCGAAAGAGACAGCCUCAUUCCCUGGAUAUGGACCCCACCACCUACCAAGCCUCCUCUCAUCUUCCUCACCGUAUCGUUAAAAACCACCCUUUCCUCCGAUUUUCCUUCGCUUUCCUGGAAAAUAAAAUCUGUAUUAGAAUGAAGCGCACAAUAUUAUACUUGCCUACUUCUCCACUUUCUCGUCGACCAAACACUCCUGAGAUGACCUAAAUAGAGAUCCAACUCACACCUGUAAAUUAGACACAUACUAUUGAAUUCUGUGAGAAGCAGGAAAGGCAGGGGGAGGGGAGGGGAGGGGGACCAUGGGUGCGUCGCUAUCGAACUUGACGGAGGGAGCCAACGGCGCGGCCAUGGGUCCGGGACUCGGAGAUAUACCGGAAAGCUGUGUGGCGUGUGUGUUUACCUACUUGACGCCACCGGAAAUUUGUAAUCUAGCUCGAUUGAACCGCGCGUUUAGAGGUGCUGCAUCCUCCGAUUCCGUUUGGGAGAAGAAGUUGCCGCCUAAUUAUCAAGAUCUGCUUGCUUUGCUUCCUCCCGAGCGGUACCAAAACUUGUCCAAGAAGGAUAUCUUCGCCCUUCUCUCGCGGCCCAUUCCCUUUGACGAAGGAAAUAAGGAGGUGUGGUUGGAUAGAGUGACGGGAAGAGUAUGCAUGUCCAUUUCGGCCAAAGGGAUGGCAAUAACGGGGAUUGAAGACCGGAGAUAUUGGAAUUGGGUUCCCACUGAAGAAUCUAGAUUCCAUGUUGUGGCCUAUUUGCAGCAAAUAUGGUGGUUUGAAGUAGAUGGGAUUGUAAAGUUUCCUUUUCCAGCUGAUAUAUAUACCUUAUUCUUCAGACUUCACCUUGGAAGAUUUGCCAAAAGGUUGGGACGACGUGUGUGCUAUUUUGAGCAUACUCAUGGUUGGAAUAUAAAGCCAGUGCGAUUUGAGUUGUCUACUUCUGAUGGUCAGCAGGCAUCAUCUGAAAAUUGUUUAGAUGAGACUGAACAAGAAGCAAAUGGCAACCAUAAACGUGGAUUGUGGUUAGAGUACAAGGUAGGUGAAUUUGUUGUCAAUGACUCAGAACCUGCCACUGAGGUCCGAUUUUCCAUGAAACAGAUUGAUUGCACACAUUCCAAAGGUGGGCUCUGUGUAGAUUCAGUUUUUAUUAUCCCCAGUGACCUCAAGGAGCGUAAAAGAAGAGGGGUUUUGAAGUAGGCCAUAAUACAAAGGCCAUGUUGUUCAGUAUUGUCAAUGAUCCCAUAAGUUUCUAGUUGGGUUUUUAUCAUACAGCUUAUACGUCUGUAGGUAUUUCAUGUUUUAGAGGAUGUCAUCAUAUUUUUUUUGGAGUAGGUAUAUGUCCUCGAUGGUAAUGUAAUCUUGCUGCUGUAUUUGACUCAGUUUUGUUUCAUUUUAUACCUCUGCAGGUAGGGUUAACACAAAAUGCUUUGAUUUGCCCUCUUGCUCUUGCUGAUGCUUUCUUCUUCUUCUCUCCCACCCUUUUUUAUUUUAAUUUAGUUGGUUCGUUUGAUGCAAAUGAUAUACAAUUCUUAAGUUAAUGAAAAGUACCAUAUCGCAUUCGUUUAUACUUC